AUAAAUGAGUCAUUACAGACCCAACUAUCCUCCAGUGUCAGUGAUGACCGUGCUUGUCUGUCCUUUGUACAGCUAAGAAACCUUUUACAACAGGCUCGGUUUGAUUGUAUUUAAUGGCGUAUGCUAGCUAGUUAGCUAAAUGACCCUUUGCAUCUUUGGCUGGAGCUCGGCGACCAGCUAGCCAACGGCGACCGUGAAAUAACUGCUCGCAACAACCAUUUCUGCAGGCAGUUAAGGUUGCAUUUGAAACUGCAAUAUUCCUAAUUGCACGACUACUGGAGUGCAUAAAGCGAUUUUGAGAAUGGCUGUAAACAUCACCCGCACAUAAGUGGAUUUAAUCCCGGUAUGGGGGACAUGAAGACCCCAGAUUUUGACGACCUUCUGGCAGCGUUUGACAUACCUGACAUCGAUGCCAAAGAGGCCAUUCAGUCAGCCCCGGAUGAGGCUGAGGGCCACCAUGGGCCUGCUGGGGCCCCCCUGGGAAAAUCAGACAGUGUUGUGGGUGUGGGCCAGUCCUUAAGGCCACAAAGCCCCUCUGACCCUCAGGCCGAUACUUCUAUUGUUAGUGUAAUUGUCAAGAAUAAAGUCCGUCUUGAGGCAGUGGAUGGAGGGGAUCGGGACACAGAACAGAAUCCUAUUGAUGUUAUUGCAGGGGUCGACGUGGGCCCCAGGCUUGGCGCGUGUGCCCCUGGUAUGACUGAAUCGGAGGCCCUUAACCACAACGGUUUUGGGGCAUCUGGGGUCCCCGCUCCUAUCCAACUGAGCCAAAGCCAGUCCAAUGGAUCGCCAUGGUCGCUGAGUACCCCAAAGAUGUCCUUAGAGGCAGGUGUGGGAGGGACUAAGACUCACAAGCAGGGCGGGAACAUUUUCAAUAGACUUAAACCGCUGGUGACCCAGGGGACAGGAGACCCCGUCGGCCGAGCCAGGAAGAUGCAGCUGCUGCAGCAACAGCAUCAGCAGCAGCAGGAAGGGGUCCAAGACAGGGUGGACGGGGGGAAAGCCUCCUUACCAUCCUCUUCCUCUCUAUCGGCCGUCCCUUCUCCUCUCACCACGGGCGGCUCCGUCGUUCUGUCCUCUCCGUUCUUCCCCACGUCCAAGCCGCUGCCCCCGACGCAAACGUCCGCACCGUCGUCCCAACCCUUUAACGGCGCCGCCAAAGCCGGCUUCCGACCUCGAGAAUCGGAGGAAGAGGACGACGACGACGACUCCGACUCGGAUCUGGGGGGUGCCCUGGUGAUCCAGGAGAGCCCCAGCUCCCCGACGCAUGCGCCCCCUCAGCUGAGCCGUCGCUACAAGGCAGGCGGCGGCGGCGUCGAGUCCUCCAUCUCCGCCUCUUCGCCCAACGCGGCGGCCGCUCACCCUAAGCCCGGGGACACGCCGUCAGGGGCCGGCCUCACCUCGUCGGCGCCACAAACGUCCUCCACAGAGAGCCCCCCGGGGGAGCAGAGGAACCCCGAGCACGUCAUCGAGGAGAGGGACUCGCCGGAGAGCCCCGAGCCGGAGACGCCCAAAGCGACGGUGGCCGCCGCGGCCCAGCGCUGCUCCAGCCCCGCCUCCGCCGCCACCCCGCCCUCGGCCUCGGACCUCCGGGAGCCAAAGGAGGAGGAGGAGGAGAUGGAGGUGGGCAACGGGGUCGACAGGGUCGUGGAAGGUAAGGCGGACACGCAGAAGCCCGACGCCGCACAGGCGGUCGAGGAAAAGAUGGAGGUGGACGAGGGUAAGACUAAGCCCGAGUCCACCGGAGGAGGAGGGGUGGGCACACCAGCCACCCCCUCGCCCGGCGCCCCCUCCAGACCCCUCAAAGUUCGGAUUAAAACCAUCAAGACGUCCACAGGGGGAAUCACCAGGACUGUAACCCGGGUCGCACCCAAAGGUGGGGCCGCGGCCAAGGGUUCGGAAGGUAAAGGCCAGACCGCCGGGCGCAAGGUCCUAGUGAACAAGGCCUCAAAGACGGAGGCCUCCCCCGGCCACGCAGCCGCCGCGUCGCAGCAGAAAGUCAAAGCGCUCAACGCUCUGCCCGUGUCCACGCUGGCGGCGAGCAGCGUCAUGCUGGCCGCCGCCACCAAGGUCCAAAACAAAAUGGCAGCCAACGACAAGGCCAAGGUGUCCGCCACCGCCGUCAGCAUCACCAAGUCGUCCGCGCUGCCGGCCACGCCGGCGCCGGCCUCCUCGCCCAAGUUCUCGGUGGCGGCCGGCGGGAUCAGCGUGCGCACCGCCAAGACGGCCAACGGCGGCGGCGCCGGCAACCUCCAGCCCAACAAGCCGGCGUCCAUCGUGAACAGCACGGGCGCCGUGAUCUCCCGCACGCAGUCCAGCCUGGUGGAGGCCUUCAACAAGAUCCUCAACAGCAAGAACCUGCUGCCCAGCUACAAGCCCGACCUCUCGGCGCCGCCGCCCGAGUGGGGGCUACCGCUGCCCGCCGCGGGCUACCGCUGCCUGGAGUGCGGCGACGCCUUCGCGCUGGAGCGCAGCCUGGCGCGCCACUACGACCGGCGCUCGCUGCGCAUCGAGGUGACGUGCAACCACUGCGCCAAGCGGCUGGCCUUCUUCAACAAGUGCAGCCUGCUGCUGCACGCCCGCGAGCACAAGGAGCGCGGGCUGGUCAUGCAGUGCUCCCACCUGGUCAUGAGGCCCGUCACCGUGGAGCAGAUGAUCGGACAGCAGGACGCCACGCCCGCGACAGGUAACGCCCCUUUUCAGCUCACGCGGUCUCACAAAAAUGGUUUAGAAAUGAACCUAAAGCGGACAUGGUUUCCGUUGUUGUUGUUGUUGUUGUUGAUGCAUCCCCGUUUGAGUCUGAAUUUGUCCACCAUUUUACACGUCUUCUCCCCGGCCCCCCUCCUCGUCGACGGAGCAGGGGCGCUCUCGUUCUCCUCCCCGCCGGUCUCCUCGCCCUCCGCCCUGCCCUCCGGGGCUGCUGCGGCGGCCACCGCCAACAGCUCCAGUCCCGCCAAGGACGCCGGCUCCCCGGCCGGCGGCCAGCCCAGGCCGGUGCGGCGCGCCCCCCAGGGACCCCAGGCCCUGAUGCCCCUGCCCUGCAAGAAGGCGGAGGCGCUGCAGUACAACAACUACAAGUGCCCCGAGUGCCAGAGCCAGUUCUCGGGCAAGGCCGAACUGGUCACCCACUUCCAGCAGAUCCGAGCGACCCCCAACUCAGUGAGUCCUGGUGAUGAGAAUGCUACGUGCUCCCAGUGCUCCCCGCCGAUGAUGCUGCCAAACUCGUGCGCCGUCUCCGCCCACCAGAGGAUCCACAAGCACCGCGCGCCCCACGUCUGCCCCGAGUGUGGGGGCGUGGCCCGCCAGGCCGGCUUCCAGACCCACCUGGACGAGGCCUGCCUGCACUUCGCCAGACGCAUCGGCUUCAGGUGCUCCAGCUGCCAGGUGGUGUUCGGGGGGCUGAACUCCAUCAAGUCCCACAUCCAGACGGCCCACUGCGAGGUCUUCCACAAGUGUCCCAGCUGUCCCAUGGCCUUCAAGUCUUCCCCCAGCGCCCAGAGCCACAUCAGUACCCAGCACCCCACCCUCACUGGAGGACAGGCCAAAAUGAUCUACAAGUGUGUGAUGUGCGACACAGUAUUCACCCAGAAGCCCCUGCUGUACAUGCACUUUGACACCCAUCUGGCCAAGCAGAAGGUCCACGUGUUCAAGUGUCCCGACUGCACCAAGCUGUAUGCACAGAAGGGCUCCAUGAUGGAGCACAUCAAGACCGCACACAGAGGCCUGUCCGUCAAACAAGACGCCCAGUCUGAUAGCCCCGCCCCCGCCCUGACCCCGGCCAAUCAGGCUGCGCCGACCGCAGCCAAGCCCAAGCCCUUUGGCAACAAGACGGACAACUCCGACGGCGAGGACUGGGGGCGGGAUCGGGAGGAUGACGAAGAGGAAGAGGAGGAGGAAGAGGAGGAGGAGGACAGUAGCGGGGGCGGCGGGGAGGACUUUGAGGCGCCCUCAGAGUGGACGUGUCCGCAGUGUCAGGCCACCUUCACGGACAACGACGACUACCUGAGUCACGUCAAGAUGGAGCACGGCAAGUUCCCGUGUCGUAUCUGCGGGGGCACGUUCAGCACCUCGUCCAGCCUGCGGCGUCACGAGCGGGUCAUCCACGAGGGCAACAAGAGGGUGUUCCACUGCCAGUUUUGCACAGAAGGCAAGCGCACGUUUGGCAGCCGCUUCUUGUUGGACAAGCACGUUCGUCUUCAUCACAGAUCCACAGAUGGACAGGGCGCCCCUCAGACCCGCAAGCGGUCCGCCGCCGCCGCCCCCGGCGUCGACGGCCCCAGCAGCUCCUCGGAGCAGGACGGCGAGGGGGGCCCGGGCUCCGGCGCCCGGACGGGUCCGGGGGGGGCAGCGGACGAGGACGAGCCCCCCGAGGAGGGCGAGGAGCGGGAACGGGGGUCCGGCGGCGGCGGCGGGGGUCCCGCCAAGAGGACCCGCGGCGCGACCACCGUGGCCCCUCCCCCCGCGGAGCCCACGGAGGAGGAGGAGGGCGGCGCCGCCGCCAGCGCCAGCGUGUUCCGCUGCGUGCCGUGCGGCUUCACCACGGAGGACGGCGGCGAGUUCCAGCGCCACGUGCCGCAGCACCGCGCCGACGCCGCCUCCUUCCAGUGCCUGCAGUGCGGCGUGUGCUUCGCCUCGGCCGGCUCCCUGGGGCGCCACCGCUUCAUCGCCCACCGCGUGCGCGACACCCAGGGCGAGCCCCCGCCCUCGUCGCACGGGCCCCCGGGCGGGGCCGGCUCCCCGGGCGGCGGCGGCGGCUCCUCCCCCUCCUCCCUGCUCUCCCCCCAGGGCCAGCCGCAGCAGGCGGGGGAGGAGGGGGAGGGCGGCAUGGGCUGCAAGGUGUGUGGCCGGCGCUUCGACAAGGCCUCGGACCUGAACACACACUUCAGGACCCACGGCAUGGCCUUCAUCACCGCCCACAAGACGGACAAGCCACAGUAGCGGCCGGGCGCUGGUGCUCUCACACACGCACACACACACACGCAGAGUCGUGUGGGAGGGGCUGUCAUGUGACCCAGAAAAAAGAGGAGCCUUUUAAGUACAGAAAGGGUUCACGGUUCUCAUUGUGCGCUCGGGCGUUCCGGCGCUUUUAUUGUGAAAAGCUUCCCAGGAAGUUGGGCCGUUUGUAUCGUUUGAAGCUGUCUGAGAUUGUAAGCGCAUGUCGGAGGCGUCCUCUGUGCCCAAGAGGGAGGGGGAUCAUGAAACUUCUGUUUUUACUAGUGCUGUCAAGCGACUAAAAUAUUUAAUCGCAAUUAAUCACAUUAAUGCCAUAGUUAACUCGUGAUUAAUCGCAAAUAUUUUUUUAUGCUAAAUAUCCCUUCAUUUCUUUGUCCCAUUAAUUUCUCAUUUUAAUGCUCUUAUCCACAUGGAGAAGUGCAUCGGCUUGCCUUGUGCAAAUGUUUUUUGAUUGAUAACAACAUUGGCAUAUACUGAUCAAAACAGGACGAUGCAAAAAAAAGCCUAUAGUGCAAUUAAACGAUGAACAUACAAACAUACUGCCUUGAACAUAGCAGUCAGGCUACUGCUUCUUUGUUUUGAGCCAAAGAAAAAAAAAGAUUUUUUUUAAAAUAAAUUGCGUUACUAGCGCGAUAAAAAAUUAAUUAAUAUUAAAUUAAUAACGCGUUUAACUGACAGCACUAGUUUUUACACAAGCCAUGCCUGUCUUUCACAACCAUUUGUUUUUUUGUACCAUUAACGAUGCUCUUACUUUGCACUGACUGUUUUUCUGACCCGUUUGUUUUUAACAUAAUUCCUUCUCCUUGUGUCUAUCACAGUACUCUUUGCAGUAGUGCCGGUUUUUUAUAUAAAUUAAUAUAUAUGUAUCUACCAUAUUGGUCAUGGCAUUCAUUGACUGAAGUGUAAGCUUUGAAUCGCCCUGCGUUGAGCUCUUCAGACUGAAAUGGGGAGACUAUUGACUGAAUUUCUUUCUU